CUCCACUUGCGUGCUCGGUGGCCGGCCGCCGGCGCUGCGGCCGCCCGGGCCCGCUGGGCGGCGCGGGGCGGCAGUCAGCGCGGCCGGCCGCCGGGUGUCGUCAGUGCGUUAUUCUGUGCCCGCUCCCCGCCCCGGGCUGCUCCAAGCCGUGGCCGUAACCCGACACCUUCCCACGUCGCGUCGCAUCUUAUCAUGGGCCGGUUGAACUCUGAGACCCGUGCCGAAAUGUCCCCCAUGAUGGGUGCCAAGGACAGCGUCACGAUGAAGAAGGACCUGGGUGUGAUGAACGGUGUCGCCAUCAUCGUCGGCAUCAUCAUCGGCUCCGGCAUUUUCGUGUCGCCCAAGGGUGUGCUGGUGUACUCGGGCUCCAUCGGCCUGUCGCUGAUCAUCUGGGCGCUGUGCGGCCUGCUCUCGAUGGUCGGCGCACUCUGCUACGCCGAGCUCGGCACCAUGAUCCCGCGGUCGGGCGGCGACUUCGCCUACAUUCACGAAUCGUUCGGGCCGCUGCCGGCGUUUCUGUUCCUGUGGGUGGCGCUGCUCAUCAUCAUGCCGACCGGUAACGCCAUCCAGGCGCUCACCUUCGCGUACUACAUGCUGCAGCCCUUCUACAACACCUGUCACCCGCCGGACGACGUGGUCCGGCUGGUGGCCGCCAUGGUUAUUUGUUUCUUGACGUUCAUAAACUGCUACAAUGUGCGGUGGUCCUCAACAGUUCAAGAGGUGUUCACUGGAGCUAAGAUUGUAGCACUUAUCAUCAUCAUCGGAACAGGUGUAUACGUGCUAGGUACCGGUGACUUCAGCAAAUACAGCCAGCCGUUCGAGGGAACGCGCCUGGACCCGGGACGGAUCGCGCUGGCGCUCUACUCUGGCCUCUUCUCUUACGCCGGAUGGAACUAUCUCAACUUCGUGGUAGAAGAACUCAAGGAUCCAUUCAGGAGCCUGCCGCGCGCCAUCUACAUCUCGCUGCCGCUGGUCACUGUCGUCUACCUGCUGGCCAACGUGGCCUAUUUCGCCGUGCUCUCGCCGACCGAGGUGCUGGCCUCCAACGCUGUGGCAGUGACCUUUGGUAACCGGAUGCUGGGAGUCAUGAGCUGGAUGAUGCCGUUCUUCGUCGCCUGCUCGACGUUUGGAGGGCUCAAUGGCGGCAUCUUCGCAUCCUCGCGGUUAUUUUUCGUUGGUGCCCGUGAGGGCUGCCUUCCGGUCGCCCUGGCAAUGAUAAACGUCAACAAGUUGACCCCAGUGCCUUCUCUCGUAUUUUUGUGCUUUCUCACACUCUGCAUGCUGGUGACAUCGGACGUGUACUCGCUGAUCAACUACAUCAGUUUUGUGGAGAGUCUGUUCAUCACUAUGUCUACGGCCGGCCUCCUGUACCUGCGCUGGAAACUGCCCGAGGCCCCGCGGCCGAUCAAGGUGAACAUCGCGCUGCCGAUCAUUUUCCUGGUGGUGUGCCUGUUCCUGGUGACAUUUCCCAUCUACAUGACGCCGGUGGAGGUGGGCGUGGCCUGCGGUAUCAUCCUGUCGGGCGUGCCCGUCUACCUGGUGGGCGUACUGUGGCGUCGGAACGUCUCCUGCCUGGACGGCCUCAUGGAUUCCAUGAAUAACGCGAUACAGAAGUUGACCAACAGUGUGAUCGACACAUCCAAAAUGGAUUGAUGGUGCUUCGAACGCGGCUUGCGUUUUCCCAAGCUGUGAUUUCGGACCGCGCUGUGCCGUAUCGGAGGCCGCCGUCGGUCGGGUCGCCAUCUAGCGGUGUGGCGCAGAGCCAUAGUGUAAUUGGUCGCCGGUAGGUGACGCCAAUGGCGGCACGGGACUCGCCGAGUCAAGAUGCGUGUUGUCGUUUCCGAGACAUGAGCCUCGGCCGAUUGUGAGCCGUGUGCAGUUGGGUGCCGGGUCGACGCGACCAGUGUUGCGAUGACUGGUGCGAUCCAGCCGGUUCACUCGUGCGUGUCGCUGUGUGAGCCAAUGUGUGCAUGUGGGCAUUUCUGACCCCUGUCCUGCGGCCAAACGGGGAAUAACAAGCGGGUGGGCGUCUUAGGCCGGUUUGUGUACGAAGCUGUACACAGGUAGACGACUUGAAGCGAAUGGCGACUGUUAGGUGACUUGUACGUUUUUAUGCAUCGUUAUAGCAAUAAGCCAUCGAGUAAAUUUAUUGGCUGGGUAAAUUUGUUUAAAAGAACGUUUGUUGACUGACCUUCGCGCAUUUUCUCCUACUUACUAACCAAUGACGUGGAACACAUGUUCAUCGUGUUGGAUUAUCACCAUACAUUAGUUGAUAACCCUAGCGAAGCCACGUACUUCGCUAGAGUAGUUUGACAGUUGAACGACGUCAACAUUUAGCCAUAAGGUAUAUGUGCUGGUGUGAGAAUGAUGUGUUUUCCUGUAGACGCCUAUUUUAAUAACACGAGUGUUUGCCAAUGUGUUAAUGAGUAGACCGGUAAGAUGCUCUUGACAGCACGUAUCUGGCUUUGGAGCAUGUUUGUAGCGGUCAAUAAAAUAUUUUGAGCCUU